GGAAGUUCCUGCUAGCUAGCUGCGUUGAGAAAGUGGUCAAGAUAUUCAGUCCGUGCACUACAAGAGAGAUCAUAACAGACCGUGCAAGGAAGAGGAUCGAACUGCCCAGGAAGGGCUCAAGAAGCCAGGCUGCUUUUAGUAAGAGUUGAAGGAGAAACAGAGAAAGAACAAAAUGGAGAAAAUGAAAAGAACUGGUCUGCAUGGACUGUGCCUUGCAGUGUUGAUUGUGGGCUUAGCCGUUCAUGAGGCGAAAGCUGUUUCGGUAAAUAACGAUGGGAACAUCACUUUUGCGGACCUCCCUGAAGGAGACCCGUACUCCUCACCAGAGUCCUUCGACGAAGGAAGCUUCCCCUUACCAACAACUUGGGAUUUUAUUGGAAACUUUCUAUCUUCAGUCUCCCCUGGAGAACCACCUUAUGAAUUGAUCAACACCGUCGUAGGGGACUUUUCAUCCGUAGACGUUGCUCUACUAACAGAUAAUAUUACAACAUACCAGAAAAACCUGUUGGGCUUUGGGGUGGCCUUCGUGAUCGGUGUGCUCUUCAUCCUGAUCUUCCCCAUCGUAGCCCUCUGCUUCUGCUGCUGCCGGUGCUGCUGCAAGAACUGUGGUGGUAAGAUGCACAUGGACCAGAAGGACAACUCCUGCUGCCGUGUGAUGGUCUACUCGAUCCUGCUCCUCGUUUCACUUGUCUUUAUCUUUGCUGGUGCUGUGACAGCACUGUGUAUCAGUGGAUAUACCGGUAGCCAGGCGCAGACACUGCCCACGAGGGUCAGCGAUAACGUUCAAGAUCUUGUUCUCUACCUGAACAAUACCCUUAAUGAGAUUGACUUUGUGAUGACCGAUCAACUAGCCUUUACCCUUGACCAAGUCAGGGACGAUUUGAAUGGUAUUGGUGACUUGGUUGGCGUUCCUGUUCGUGAGAGUCUUCGUACGAAUGUAGGACCAGCUAUCGAUUCAGUCAUUGACAUGGAGACCAACAUUGACGGAACCCUGUCCUCCAUGGAAGCAGUCGAUACUCUUCAGGCCACGAUGGAGAUUAACCGGGAUACCCUCGACACCAACUUGACUUCAAUCUUGACCACUCUGUCUACCCUAUGUGGUUCAUGUGGCUGCUGCACUGAAGCAACAGCUAACCUGCGAAAUGUACAGCUAAAGGCAGACUAUCGGGAUAUAGACAUUGGCGCGGGUCAUGGAAGCUUCCCACAAGUACUGGUGGAUAGUUCAAUUAGUGAGCUGACUGAUGUGUCCAAUCGAAAUCUCAGCGAACAAGCACUAGAGGGUGCACAAACAUUUGAGGACAUCCCAGAGACUUUGCGUAAUACAACAGCCUCUGAUGUAGCAGAUAUCAUUGUUACCAUCGACGAGCUGGAAGGAACCCUCAAUGAAUUCAUCAACACCACCACAUAUACCUUGCAGAGCUUCUCUGGACAAGUUGAACCAUUCGAUGAUACAGCCAAUGACUACCUGACUACGUACGCUGAGGACUAUGAUAAGUAUAGAGCCUACGUGAUGUACGUAUUCUACGGAUUCAUUCUCUUCAUCGUAAUCCUGUUCCUUCUUGGUUUGCUCAUCGGAAUCUUCUCGUAUGACAGGAAGGCCUCACCGACAGACCGCAGCUCAUGCUCCAACUGUGGUGGACUCUUCCUGAUGGCUGGAGCUGGUUUUGUCUUCAUCUUCGGAGCCUUCAUCAUGCUCAUAACUGCACUGACCUUCAUCAUAGGAGGACCCAUUGACCGUCUCGUGUGUGACCCUCUGGUCUCAGGACAGCUCUUUGCUCAGACGGUUGAUAAAUAUGAUGGAAUCCUGGAAGAUGGAUACUACCUUGGCAAUUUGGUCUUCCAAGACCCUUCUGUCCCUUUCCAGAUUGGUGGAUUCCUAGAUGCCUGUGAGCAGAAUGAGGCUGUCUACACUGCUUUCCUGCUAGAAAACCUUUUCAACAUCACAGAGUUUACUGAUAUCUCCUCGCAAAUUCCCAAUGUGGAUGACCAGUUUGCCAAUUUGACUGGAGACUUCAGCUCAGUGGAGAUCCUAACGGACGACACCAGGCAGACCUUGAUUGACUUCAGAGACUCGCCUGCAGAUACCAUUAAUUGGACUUACUUUACUGAUGAGUUGGCCAAAGUCUUGAUCUAUGACGCUGAUGGCAAUGUGGACAGUCUAUCGUCCCUCAUCACAGCUCUUGAUACUGACGCAGCUGCAACUUCGAGUUCAUCAGAUGCAACGGCUCUCAAUGAUAUCAGCGCCGAUCUUCAGACUCUUCAAGAUGAUAUCGUGGACGUUCUUCUCCAAGAUGCGUCCGACAUAGCUUCGGAGAUUGUCACGUUGACAGGAUAUACAGACGUUAUUGAUACCAAUGUGAAUGACACCAUUGCAAAUGCAGAGACGGCUCAAGAUUACAUUGAUAACAACGUGGGGACAGUUGUUCAAGCGUCUGUCGUCGAUUACAGUGCCAGAGUUCUUGGUUACCCAGAGCAGUUUGUGACCUAUGCUACAAACGAGCUGGAAACCACGAUUGGAGGUUGUCGUCCGGUUUAUAACUUGUGGAAUCAAGCAGUCAACACUCUCUGUAUUGGAAUACUUCGCUCAUUUAAUGGUCUAUGGUUCACUCUGGGCUGGUGUAUCGUCUUCUUCAUGCCUGCGCUUAUCUUCGGUGUCAAGCUGGCCAAGUACUUCAGAACCAUGGAUACUUCUGAUGGCUACAGCGAUAAUGAUGACUUUGAGAUGCAAGGGCAGCAGCACUACAGCAACAAAGUGGCCCCCACGACCGGGUACGCUGCUGGGGAGAAGCCAAACUAUCAAAACUAUCACCGAUAAAUGACAAGAAGGACUCUACGAGCCAGAACCAAUUCUCACAGGAACCUUGUGAAAGUAUAAGACCAUUUAUAGGAGAAAGUUCCUCUUCAUUUAUUUUCCACACAUGGUAGAAAAACCAGAUCAAUUUAAUUUUCAGAAUGUUUACCUUUAUACCCAUAAACUUUUUUUUUCAAAUCUUCAUAAUUUUUUUGAUUUUUUGCUCAAUUAAUGUAUUAAAAAUGUUUCCUUUAAUCAAGCUUGCGGGCGUGCGGGCUCAAAAGUAUAACAUGACAAUUUUUUUACAGUUCUCUUUUUAGACAAGUUUUCCUUUAAAAACUUUAAACAUAAAAUGUGAAAGAUUGGUGGUAAAAUUGGGCAUUUUACAUAUCUUUGAACGUUUUCCAUCAAAUCAGCAUACAAAGUCUUUCAUGAGAUUUCCAUGCCUGGUGAGAGGUAUUUUUGUAUAAGCCUUAUCAAAUCACUGAAGCGACAUCUUCUGCAGAUACAUUCCCGUCCAGAACUACAUGUAUUUUUUAUUCAAGUUCAAAUAAUUGUUUAACUGGAAGUAAAUAUGAAUGUCCUUUUGGAAUGUACAUUGUAAAUAUUGGUAUUUUAUAACAGAAAUGUUAUUCUUGUUUUAAGAAAAUGUUGGAGAUUCAUUCGCAUUAUAACCAACUAGUGGAGGAUUGAGUAGUUGAUGGAUCAAAUAAAGUCUUUCUAAGUGUUAAAUUUGGGCUUUCACAUUGUGUCGCUGUUCUGCCUUAAAUAGCGGCUUGUUUUAUCGAAAUCAAUUUCCCUACCUACAUUUACUGUCGCCUACCAUUCUGCGUUUGCCGCAGUGGUUAAAGGGCCGGUGGAAAUGUUGCAUAUUUUAUUCUAGCCUUAUGAGAUACAAACAUGAACCGGAAAUUACAAUAUUCAGAAUUUUAUUUUUUUCUAAAGAGAUGAUGUAAAUAUAUACUAUUGAGGUUGACUUUUUUGUUUUAUCUGUGUAAAUUUCUGUCUGUAUAUUGAUAUAUGAUGAGUUGAUUUUUAAUAUUGGAUCUGAGCAAUGUUAUGUGGAAGUCAACCUUGUGUCACCAAUGGCCCCAUGUUCUCCACAAUAUGAAAUUCCUUCUAAGAUUGCAUCAACAUUAAUUUAUACUUCUUCUCACUGAGUUUACGCUAUUUGUGAAUGUGCUGCAAUAUUCUGAAAUGUUAUAUCUGGCUGAGAAACCGUCAUUUGUAUCGAAAUUAUAUUUUCAUUAUAUAUCUUUCAGUAGGAACAAUAUACAUUUUUGCAAUAGUUUUUCAAUAGACAAUAGACAUAUAGGUUGAAAUACAAUUAUAACUGAAAUUUGCUGAACUGCAUUUAUAGUUGAUGUUAUUUUUUGACUAGUUUGAAAUUGGUUUGGGGUAAUUUUUCUUAAAGAAAUGGAAUACCACCAUGUAGAGGCUGAAUGAGUUUGAACUGCUCAUCUUUGUGUCAUUAACCCUUAUAUGCCAAUUAAAUAAUCUUCCUGUGCCACAUGGUACAUAUCAUGGAAUAGACGUACUAUAGGUUUGAGGUUAUUUAACUGUGUUUCUAGUGCAUGAUAAAUCUAUAUCGAUGUUAAAAGGGGUUACAUGAAGCAAAUCAAGUCCUGAAAUUAGCCAUUUUGGAAAGACAUUGUGUUGCACAAAGCAUUUCGUCCAUCAAUUGUUUUGUGCCAAUUGGCAUGUGUGGCAAACAAGCAACCAUGCCUAUUGGCACUGCUGGCAAGUAAAAGGACAAAAUGGCUGAGAAAAAAUAUAGCAUGGCUGCGGACACUUACGUCAAGCCCUUUUUCUUCAUUUGAAUCCUUUCGUGUCAUAGUGGCAAAUUAAAUACCAACCUAGGAUGUCAAUGAUGAACUAUAAUUGUCUACUACUACAUUUAUAAAAACUUGAAAUGAAACAAAUUUUUACAACAAAGAAUUUCACUCUGUAAAAAUCUGAAACAAACUUAAAUAAUAAAGGACUCGGAAAUGAGGAACCCAGAGCCCUAAUUGCUACCCAAAAGUUCUACAUUGUAACCCUAGUGGCAAAUAAAGGAUCACAUUUGUGUUUGUUGUUUUUUAUUGGUUACAUUUUUAUUCAUGUACAUAAUGUAUUAAUGGUUUUAAUUGGUUGAUUUGUGCAAAUUCGUCUUCAUGGCAAAGAUUUAUUCUCAAUCUGGUAAUUUAUUUUGACAUUCUAUGCAUGCAUUAGAAUUGUAAUUUGUCAAUUAUUUUAAUUGUCAAGGAUUCUAGUUUAUCAUAUUAUGAUGAUUUUCAAGAAAUUAUUCAUAAAACCUUUUUUUUUAAAGAUCAGAAAGAUUGAGAUUGGUUAUCAAUUAAUAAUUUGUUUAUAUAAAAAAAACAAUUCUUUGCAUUUGUACAUGUACAUUUUUUAAAUGCUUGCCUCUAUUUCAUAUUCACUAUCUAGACUUGGAAAACUGCCUAACCGCAGUUUUUCAGAAAAGCUUUUCCAAUGCUUUGAAAUGAUUCAUAAACCCACCGUGUUUGUUUUAUGAAAACUCUCUAGCAUAAAGUGAUUUAUUUUCUAUUAGUAUAGUGUAGUACCUUGAUGAGGAUUCAUAUUAAAUGAGAUAUUUGUGCUUUAUUAUCUUUCUAUGAACAGAUUUUUAUGGAGUGAUAUUUGCCGUUAUAGAAAAAUGUACAGGUUGAAUACAAACAAAAUAUAUUGAUUAUAUAGCAUAAUUUUAGAUUAGUGAGAUAAUAGGAAAGAUGUAUAUAUUUUUCACCAUUGAUAUAUUAGGUCUGUUUGGAUAGCUGUUUAUGUGAAGGAAAAUAAUACUUUAACACUUGUGUUCUGAUUUGGAAAAAAAAUAAAGAAUUUUCAAAAUGGAAGGGAAUUUUUUUGUAUAAGCAGUAUGCAAUUCCGAUAAGGAUUUGAACGUUGGACAUGCAGCAGCGCCUGGAAGCUAUGUAGAUGUGGUUUCUGCAUCAAAUGAUGAAUAUACUAUAUAAACAAAUACCAAUUUUUGGGAUGUGAAGAUCUUCAAAAUCGUAGGAGAAUUCUUUAUGUAGUCUGUUGAAUGAAAUAAGAAAAGCUUGCAGAGAAUUUUGAGAAAUCAACUCCACAAAAAUUUCAGUGCCCUACUGUUUUUCUUAUAGGGACCAAGUGUGGAUGAAAUUAAGAAAAAAUGAAAUUGAAAUCAAGUAUUCAUUAUCCAUUCAGAAAUUUGUUUUUCACUGGUAAAAGUUUACAGAUCUGUUUACAAAAAAAGAAAUAAUCAUAUUCAAUUACAGUAUUGGUAAAAUACAGGAAUACCAGCUUUGAAAGCUGUAUAUGUUAUAAAUUUUGCAUAUUACAAUGGAUGAUGGACAACGCUUUGGAAAUUACAGUGGGUUGAUUUUCAAAAAUCUUUUAGAAAUUUAGAAUGCAGUGAGUAAUCGUUGAACUAUUUUAGUAACCUUGAAUUCUACUAUUAAAUUAUUUGUAUAUACAGUAUAGGACUUUCAAAGAAUGACUUUCAAAGUGUACACUGAGGAGUAGCAGGAAUAGAAGACUCGUUUGUUGAGAUAACAAAUAAUGAAUUAUUAAACCUGUCAUUGCAUGCUGUGCAUUUUUGUUUUAAUUCUUGGAAAUGCUUGAAAAGGGAUGUACAUAGAUUUCUCUUCUAUCCUUGGCAAUGUUUGGUGUUCUGGACGCAUACUUUCAGUAUUUGUGAUCUUAUUCACGUUUUUUAACUCUUCUAGAUAUUGGUAAAAUUUGAGUAAUUCAUGUCAAAUGAUAUGAAUGAAUACAAAGUGAUAUUAAUUACUGGAUAAUCAACAACAACAAAAUGAUUGAUUAUACGAAGUAAGUAAUAACCUGACCAUAUAUAGUUUCCAGAAAACAUUUACAAAUUUGAAUUGGUCGAAAGAUGUGAAAAUCACAACCUUAAACAUACAUUCCAUGAAUUCAAGAAAACUCCUCAUUCCCAAAAUCAUUAUAUAAAGCUCAUUGGUUUUAUGUAUUGUGACAAUGUGUACAUGUCAUAGUAGUCUAAUGUAUUGAUUAUUUAAGAGAAAUGUUACGGUUGUAUAUUUUCUAUGUAUAAAAUAUUUCUUGUUUGAUGGGUGCAUCGUUCACAGUUGAAAUACUAAGUAGACAAACAUUUUCCAUGUAUGUUCUUUUGCAUUUUAAAUUUGACAUGUAGCAGACAUUACAAAGAAUAGUCAAGAGAAUUUAAACUUAAUCUACCUUAACACCCACACCCCCAACAAAAAGUAUAUACAUUAUAGUUUACAUAGGAAAAACAUUUAAACGGAAGAUAUACAGAGUAUUAUAUGAUUUAAACAAAUAUUUUCAGUAUGACUAUAACAUUUGGCUUUUUUAAUUGAUUGUCAAUCAUGCGGGUUCGGUAUGAACGUGAAUUUGAGUGGUAUCUCUCACUUUCACGUGAACAGUCGCAUUCAUUCCCCAUUAAAGCUGAUGACGAUGUUUUUUGAGAGGACGCUAACUUACUCUAAUCUAAAGCUACAAAUUAUCUUUUCAUGAAAAAGGGGACAAAUGUGUAAUUGUGAUAUGACAGUGCAUAGUUUUAUCAAUUAUUAUCGAUGGACAUGUAGAUCUAUAAUUAAAUACUGCUUCUUUUUUCCCGCAAGAACAA